UCUUUUUCUUCUUUUUCCGUUUCUUUAAAAAAAAAAAUCGAUUAUCAGAAAGGAAAAAAAAAAAUAUAUAUAAAAAAAACUAUUUUUUUACCUUUUUGUUGUAAAAAAAAUUUCGUUAUUUUUUUUUUCUUGUUAAAAAAAAAAAAAAAAAAUAUGGCCCAAAAUAGCAGUAGAUCUAGUUCCGUCAGUAGUUCUAGUGGUGGUGAAACAGAUUGCAGAUACAAAAGAAUUAAAUUAGACCCAAGCGAGCUGGAUGGCUCUCCUUCAAGCACAGAAGCUACAUUAACACAACCUACUUUACCUGCCAACAUGAAGACACAAGCUGCCUUUGUCAACAAACUAUACAAAAUGCUAGAAGACCCUGAUACGUCAGAAUUAAUCUCAUGGUCAAGCCAUGGUGAUCUCUUUAGUGUUUCCAACCCCACGUCAUUCUCCAAAACAGUCCUACCUCAAUACUUUAAGCAUAACAAUUGGCAAAGUUUUGUCAGGCAACUUAACAUGUAUGGCUUCCAUAAGGUCAAUGACCUGAUCCAUUCGAAUCUCACAAACGAAAACCAGACCUGGGAAUUCAAGCAUCCCAACUUUCGAAAGGGUGCUGUGGGUGAUUUGCAACAUAUCAAGCGAAAGAGUGCAAAGACACAGUUACAAGCAUCGCCACAGUUUAAUUUCAACAGUAACGAAAGUUCAUACACGCCACCCUCCAAGGCCGACGAACAGCAACAACAGCAACAGAAUCAACAACAGAAUCAGCAGCAACAAAACCAAAAUCAACAGCAACAGAACCAAAACCAACAACAGCAGAACCAAAAUCAACAACAACAGAACCAUAACCAACAACAAUACCAACAGCAACAACAGCAUCAGCAGCAUCAGCAAGAUAUGUCAAAUGGAGACAACAACAAUAAUAGUCCGGUCAUUAAACACAUUUUACGAAUCGAAGAACACUUACUUGGUGUUACUAAAUCCUGUGAAUCGUUGUUCAAUGAAGUUGUCCAUUUAAGAAUGGUCGUCUCCAAGCAGCAAGAUGCAAUGCAAGAUCUUGUAGAUGUGGUAUCUUCAACUAAAUCAAAUAACAACUGUAUAUGCUCCAACAAUAAUAACCCGAAUCACUCCAUGUACAAUGAUAAUAACAAUCAAGAAUUACAAAAUGCGGAGAAUCUUCGAAUACAAGUGUCUAAAUUAAAGGAGAGUCGACAAUCGAGAAAAUCGCCUUCAGCCGAUAGUCAGAGUUCUGGUUCGAUGAAGAAUGGGACAAGUACCAAUGCGACGACGGCAACGACGACGAAUUGGUCACAGACAACUACUGCCUCUCCUUCAGUUAACAACAACAAUAAUAAUAACCACAACAACAACAAUAAUAAUAAUGAAAAACCCAACGAUACCAAACAAAGAAAAUUACCUUCCUUUGACUCGAUACGACAACAACAACGCCAGUCAAGUUACAGAUUAGAUGCUACAAGGGAAGAUGACAAGACUUCUUUUGAUAGGAAAUCGUCCACUUGUUCAUCCUCUUCUUCUUCCUCGUCUGUCGCAGUACCAAAAUAUACAAACACAGACGACUCGAAAAACAGAUCAACAAUGAUGGGUUUUGGGAAACAAUCGCACAUGUUAAAUCCUAUUCAUGAGCAAAAUCGUCGUAAAUCGUAAACCUCCCUCUUUCACCUUCACCUUUCCUCUUUCCUCUUUCCUGUUUUUUUUUUUUUUUUUUAUCCACCUUUUUUUUUUCUUUUUUUUUUUUCUCUCUUACACUCUACCAUGGUUCCCUUUUCUUUUUUGAUAUAUGCC